CUAUCAUAGAAAAUGAUUAAACUUCUAUUUAUUGCGUUAUUUGGAUGCAUAUGCACCGUUGAAGCUCAGUUGGUGAUGUCGAAAGCUUCCCCACCACCAAAUAUUGUGUUCAUUCUCACAGAUGAUCAAGAUACGUUGCUUGGUGGAAUGGACCCAUUGGUAAAAGUAAAGAAACUUCUUCAAGAUGAAGGAACCACUUUCACCAAUAUGUUUACCAGCACCCCACUUUGCUGCCCAAGCAGGGCCAGUAUAUUAACUGGCAGAUACUCUCACAACCAUGAGACACUGAACAAUACUAUCAGUGGCAAUUGUAGCAGCCUAUAUUGGCAGAAAACAUUUGAAACACAAACUCUUGCUGUCGCUGCACAGAAAGCAAAUUACCGAACUUUUUUUGCUGGGAAAUAUUUAAAUCAGUACGGAGGAAAGUCAGUUGGAGGUCCCCAGCAUGUACCUGUAGGCUGGAAUCAAUGGUUUGGAUUGGUUGGGAAUUCAAAGUAUUACAAUUACACUAUAUCUGAUAAUGGGGUUCCUGUACAACAUGGAGCGAACUAUCAUGAGGAUUAUCUCACUGAUCUGCUGGCCAACAGGUCUGUAGAUUUCAUCCAUAACCAUAAGAUGCGAUAUACCCAACCUUUCUUCAUGAUGAUUUCCACUCCUGCUCCUCACAGUCCAUGGGAUUCUGCACCUCAAUAUUCAAAGAUGUACGAGAACAAUACAGCCCCGCAUACACCAAGUUAUAACACUAAAGCAGUUAACAAGCAUUGGUUGGUACGACAAGCCACCCACCCGAUGACCAAAGAAUCCAUGGAUUAUUCAGACAAUGCCUUUAGAAGUCGAUGGCGUGCGUUAAAGUCAGUUGACGAUUUAGUUGAACGAGUUAUUAACGCCUUAUCAAAGAUGAAACAACUCGAUAAUACUUAUGUGUUUUUCUCAUCUGAUAACGGAUAUCAUUUAGGUCAAUUCAGUCUCCCUAUAGACAAACGUCAAUUAUAUGAGUUUGAUUUACGGGUCCCACUUAUCAUUCGUGGGCCAGGGGUCUCAAAGAAUGUGACCCGUAGCGAACCCAUUGUGAACGUUGACAUUGCCCCCACUGUGGCGGACAUUGUAAAUGGGGGUAAAGGGGAUUUCCCCUUGAUGAUGGAUGGGGAAUCCCUCGUUCCGUUACUGAAUAGCAACAACAAACCUAAAUGGAGAAGCGACUUCCUUGUUGAAUAUCAAGGUGAGGGAAAGGAUUCACCACCUCCUGGGUGUUCCCCUACAUGGAGAGGGGUUUCACAAUGCUUCCCUGGUUGUGUGUGUGAGGAUGCUUACAAUAACACAUAUAGCUGUGUAAGGACAUUACAACCACAACAUAAAGUAGAUCUUAUGUAUUGUGAGUUCACUGAUACUGAGACGUUUGUUGAGUUGUAUAAUCAUACAAUUGACCCACAUCAGCUUAAUAAUAUCAAGGAUACUGUGGACCCCACAGUCUUGGUCAAAAUGAACAAGAGGUUAAUUAUGCUCGGGCUAUGCAGUGGUAAAACAUGCAGGGAACAAAGUUACAUCGAUUAUUCUGCCAUACCCACCACAAAGCACUGGUUUGUGGACGCUUUAAGUCGAUUUUGGCAACAUACGCAAACUUUGUUUAACCCUUAUGUUAGUCCUUUAUGAUUUUAAGUUAAUCAUUCAUACUGUUUCAUGCCAUCUUCAUUUUUUUUGUCAUUUUUCAAGAUGAUCUGACUGCUUUCUUAGCUCUUUUGACAGUUGUUUCUGUUUUGUAAUCUGCUAAAACUUCUAAACCAGAGUUGUUUUUAGAAGCUAUAUAGUAGGUGGGGUAGGAUGGUGUCAUUUUAUUCUCUUUAUCGUCCCAUUUGGUACUAAACAAACCAUAUUCACAGAAUUAUAUAUUUGUAUCCUCACGACUCAAAAACAAGGUCGUUAAAUUGUUAAAAACGAUUGUAAAAUAUAAGAUUAUGUGCAAAACUUAACAGUAUCCAUCUUACCCUACACUACUUUGUAUCAAAUUUUUAAAUUGCUUUUCUGGUGUAUUAAUUUCAACAUGUGAGUUAAAUAUUUGAUACCAGAUUAAGCGUACUUGAGUGCAAGCCCACUUUACGUACUUCAAAAGGUGUUUAUUUCUAAUGUGUUUAAGCCCUGCUAUAUUAUGUGUGCAAUUAUACUCACCUAUAUUCUUUUGUUUUGCCUUCAAAUAGGCGCCAAACUUUUAUAAACACAGGGGAGGCGGAGAUAGUUAGGCACACAAUCCUGUGAAACAAAUCUAACUUUUUGGUUGUAACGUUUACUGAGUAAUAAAGUGUAGAAAAUUAAGGGGUUCACCUGCCCCCCAUGCCACCCCAGGUUUGGCGCCUAUGGGACCUUCUAAAAUGACAGUGUUUAUUAUCCAUCCCCUCUGGUACUAAACAGCCUGUACCAUUAAACACUCAAUCCUAGUAUAAUGUCCAUGCUUUCAUUUUAGAAGGGUAUUUGAAUGUUUUGUUUAUAUAUACUAUAUAUUGUAUACACACCCAUAAAUAUAUAUAUAUAUGUAAAUUCUACCACUUUAAAUACAAGUCACCUAUUAUUA